AUGGCCCCGACGCCGGGGAGCCGCCCUCGCCGCCGCCCGGCCCCGCGCUCCGCCGCCGCCGCCGCUUCUUCCGCCGACCUCACGUCCGCCCGGCGCCCUUCCCUCCUUCCUGCCCUCCCUCCCCCCGCGCCCUCGGAGCUCCGGCGCCGCCCAGGAGAAGGCGGCCGAGAGCGGGACCCCAGCCCGCCCCCCCGGCAGCCCCUCCCCUCCGAGCCCCGAGCCGGGCGGCCGCGCGAGGCGCUGCUGGCUCGGCAGGCGAGUCGGGAGGAAGCGCGCAGCGGCCAAACCGGGCCGGGCGAGGAGGAGGAGGAAGCAGCCGCGCGUCUCCCGUGCGCGCUCCCGGGGCCCGCGAGGUCCGGGUGUGCAGCCUCGUCCUCACAGCGGGGCAGGAGGGAGGGAAUGUGUGUCUGCACAGAGAACACUCGACGCACAACAGUUUCAGAUGCCUCUGCUCUGGAGUUCGUAUCAACCGCAUAAUGCUUGACGAAGGUGUCAUCUGACGACCAUGUGGCUGCUUGGCAGAUGUCACUGAGAGGCGUGCCUCAGAGGAAGGCUGCCGAAGACGACUGCGCUCUCGUAGAGUGUGCUCUUACCGAUCUCGGACAUGGAGAACCUGCUGCAAGGUAACAAUGUCUAAUGGCCGCCACUAUCCAUCUGGAUAUGGAUUGAUCGGAAGCUGGGAGGCCCAUACGUGUGCCAGCAUAGCAAAUUAAUAAAGCUUUUGAUUUUCGGAAAGGCCUUGUCCUGUGUAAAUAAUACAAUAAAGCCCGUUUUA